GCCAUAAAUAAGGGGGUCUUAUGUCAGGGACAUCACAAGUCAGUUAACAUAAGUAUAUGUUCAAGCUGAGCAGAGAGGGCUCCCCCCCCCACUCCACUCCAGUAUUUUAAGUCUGCUGAAAUUGAAUAGCUGCUUGCACAGAGAAGAAACCAGACAGUCGUUAGGAAGUUUAGAUAUAAACUCAAGAGUGAAAGAACAUUUUCUUCAAGCGGGCCAGCAAGCAGUGUUUCCAGCAGCAUGAAUUCUCUAGUCAGAACCUUGUUGUUUUCACUGCUCCUUCUUCUAACCCUCUGGAUUCAGGAGCUGGUAGAAGCUUGCAGCUGUGCCCCUGCACAUCCACAGCAGCUCCUUUGCGACUCUUCUCUAGUGAUUCGAGCAAAAAUUUCUAGUGAAAAGGUAAUCUCAGGAAGUGACUUGAGCAAAAUGAUCCGGUAUGAAAUUAAACAAAUAAAGAUGUUUAAAGGAUUUGAAAAGGUGAAAGAUGUUCAGUACGUCUUCACUCCUUUUGAGUCAUCUCUCUGUGGGGUGAAAUUAGAAGCCAAUAACAAGAAACAAUAUCUCCUUACAGGGCAAAUCUUAAACGAUGGCAAAGUUCUCAUUCACUUGUGCAAUUACAUUGAAUCAUGGGAUGACCUAACUUUAUCUCAAAAGAAGAAUCUAAAUCAGAGAUAUGAAAUGGGCUGUGGCUGUAAAAUUUCUACCUGUUAUGUGGUGCCCUGCUCCAUCACAACACCAAAUGAAUGUCUGUGGACGGACUGGCUGAUAGAGAGGAAACUCUAUGGGCAUCAAGCAAAGCAUUACGCCUGCAUCAAGCGCAGUGAUGGAACGUGCAGUUGGUAUCGAGGUGGUCCUCCUCCAGAGAAAGAUUUUGUUGACAUCAGUGAACCAUGAGUGAUGUCACUUUUUUCAAAGCUCCAAGGGUUAAGUCUAUCCGACACUGUGUGCUCACUGCUUUGAACUUCCAACAUCUAUUGCCUAGAAACAAAAGCAAAUUGUGCUGUGCAAACAAAGUGAAGAGUUCAUAGAAUUGGCAUCCAGACAAGAAGAGGAAUAAGUCUCUUGGAAGUAGUUCUCUAAAGUUCAUGUUUUUUUUUCCUUUUUUGUUUUUUUUACAGAGGGAUGCUAUGGGGAAUACUUAUUUGUAUUUUAAAGCAUAUAUAACUUAUUUUUUAUCAUAAUGAAUGUGCCCUUACAUAAGAUUGAUACUGUGCAUUCCUGCUCCUGUGCAUUCCUGCUCCUGUUCAUAGGCUGAAUAAAAACACAUUGUUUUAAUUCAGAACCAUAUUCUAAGAAAAUGAGCAUUGUUUUGGAUAGUCAAUCUUUUUUAGCAUUCUAAGACGCAUGAGCUUGUACAAGGUUUAUAUAAGAUAUAACAAUCUGCUGCAAGAAGUCUGCAAGACUCAUUUUUCCCAUUUCGGAUGAUACAAGUGAAAUGUUUAGAGUGUGUGUCAUUUAGAAUUUCCCAGUUCACUUCUUUUGCACACUACUGAUGUCUCAUCUAGACUUAUCAUUGACUUCAAGAAUUUUUUUAUGAGUAUAAUACAUAUUUGAUAAUAAAAAAUGGUUCCAGUGUA